CCAAUCGCGCGGCCAAAUCGAGCGUACAUCUCGAGGGUGUACGCAGGAACGAGCAGUGUGACCGUCGUCACCGAAAUUUCGAAAAGAAAAACUAGCGCGAUCGAUCGAAAUUGAAACUGCGAUCGAUCGGCCAUCGCUCGAGUUCCUUCCGUCGCUCUCCGCUUAGCGCGCUACGGCCCCGAAAUUUCCCGGAGAGCAUGCAGGCACAUGUCAGUCGGCCUGUAGACUGUAGUUGAGCGAUGCAUCGAUUCCUCGCUGCAGCUGCAUAUCGCAUAUCGUAACAGCAGCACAUUACGGCGUAGUCGUGGCCGCGGAUCGCGGCCAAUGUCAGAGCGGUUCGGGCUGUUGUGGACAAUGGCGACGUCGUCGUCUCGACGGCUGCUGUGACAUCCUGACGAUGACGAGCUAGAUGGUUCCGCUACGCUGUCCGGACGCAGCUGCGAUCACGCGCGCAUCGAUUCACGGCGGCUAAGAGCGCAUCCCGACGCACCAGGUGUCACGCACCAUUCUCGCUCUCUUUUUCUCUUCUUGUCGGCUCCUUUCCGCGCCGCUCGUGAUGGCCGUGAACGCGAACGCGUUGUCCAGUGAUAUCAGCCGUAGGAAUCCCCAGGACGAGUACGAGCUCAUCCAGAGAAUCGGCAGUGGUACCUACGGUGAUGUCUACAAGGCUAAACGGCUGUCUAUGAACGACCUCGCGGCAAUUAAGGUUAUCAAGCUAGAGCCAGGUGAUGACUUUGCGAUUAUUCAACAAGAGAUUCUAAUGAUGAAGGACUGUAGGCAUCCCAAUAUUAUUGCAUAUUAUGGCAGUUAUUUGAGAAGAGAUAAAUUAUGGAUAUGUAUGGAAUAUUGUGGAGGUGGAUCGUUGCAAGAUAUAUAUCAUAUAACUGGACCACUAUCAGAAAUACAAAUAGCGUAUAUGUGUCGGGAAACUCUGACGGGUUUAGCUUAUUUACAUAGCAUGGGAAAGAUGCAUCGUGAUAUUAAGGGUGCCAAUAUAUUAUUAACUGAAACGGGUGAUGUAAAAUUGGCAGAUUUCGGUGUGUCCGCGCAAAUCACUGCGACGAUUAAUAAGAGAAAAAGCUUCAUUGGCACACCUUACUGGAUGGCUCCCGAGGUAGCAGCUGUGGAGAGAAAAGGCGGUUACAAUCAGCUAUGUGAUAUCUGGGCGUGCGGGAUAACCGCAAUAGAAUUGGCGGAGUUGCAGCCACCAAUGUUCGACCUGCACCCGAUGCGCGCCCUCUUUCUCAUGUCCAAAUCGGGCUUUAAGCCACCGACACUGAAGGAUCGUGACAAAUGGAGUCCGACGUUCCACAAUUUCGUCAAAGUAGCGCUUACAAAGAAUCCGAAGAAAAGACCGACGGCGGAGAAGUUGCUUCAGCAUGCGUUUUUCCAAGGAGAAAUGAGUAAAAGGUUGGCAUUAGAACUGUUGCAAAAAGUGUCGAAUCCUAGCCACAUGUUCGCCGAUCUGGAAGCCGAUGAGGAUGGCGCGGUGCCCAAUGUUCCACAAAGAAUAGCUUCGCGUCAUACCGCAAGACCCAGACCGAAGAGUAUAUCGCAGUUGGACAGUGACGAUCAAAUCAAUAUUGACGGAGGAACGUUACAACGUGACUCCAUAUCACCAUCUGUGGACAGUAAUCCAGCAUGGGACAUUAUGGAUAUCAUGAACAAUGUCAAGGCUGUACAUAAUUGUGAUGUGCAUCCAGACUGUGGGAUCGGUUCAGCGUUCGAAGAUGUUCAGGAGAAGAGUCUAUUGCAGUACAUUGAUGAGGAGUUGUUGCUAAGGGGGAAUGCAAUGUCGAUGGUUGGUGGGCAUUGCGACCAGCUAUAUUCCCUGCAAGCUACUCUUCCACUCGGAGAAUCUUCGAACGACUGCGAAGUACAUUGUCCGUACUACAAUGUAUCUGGAUCCCAAGCGAGCCCCAGACGACACAGUUCCGUGGACGAAUUGUAUGGUCUUGUCAAUAGUUCUCAAUCCCUAACAGCUGUAAAUGGACAACGUCAACGAUCAUUAUCAGACAGUGGCCCUAGGGACGAGUCCACGCAAUCAAAUGGCGACAAUGAGAUAUCAGCAGAUCGAGAUCGAGAAAGUAUGAGUCCUGAUUUACUGUCGGACACACCGCCUGUGCCUCCAAGAAGAAGGGAUCGGAAAAGGCAUACGCCACCAAGACCGAUUAGCAAUGGGUUACCGCCUACGCCGAAGGUGCACAUGGGAGCGUGUUUCUCAAAGGUAUUCAACGGCUGUCCAUUGAGAAUACACUGUACUGCAAGUUGGAUUCAUCCAGACACAAGAGAUCAGCACUUGUUGAUCGCUGCGGAGGAAGGAAUCUACAAUUUGAACUUGAACGAACUCCACGAAACCGCGAUAGACCAAUUGUACCCGAGGCGCACUAUCUGGAUGUAUGUUAUCAAGGAUGUACUCAUGUCCCUUUCGGGAAAAACACCUCAGUUGUACAGGCACGACUUGCUAGCGAUGCUAAGUAAACAGACUCAUAGGUUUUCGUUGCACAUGAACAAAAUACCGGAAAGAUUAGUCCCUAGGAAAUUCGCCCUUACUACGAAAGUGCCGGAUACGAAAGGAUGUACCAAGUGUUGCGUUGGGAGAAACCCAUACAAUGGAUACAAGUAUCUGUGCGGUGCAAUGCCGGCGGGUAUAUUUCUGAUGCAAUGGUACGACCCAUUGAACAAAUUCAUGCUUCUGAAACAUUUCGACUGUGUUCUACCGUCGCCUCUGAACGUCUUCAAGAUGGUCAUCACGCCUGAGAUGGAGUACCCGAUGGUGUGUGUAUCAGUUAAGCAGCCAUACCAGCAAAAUAAACUGAAGUUGGAUUUAAUUAACAUGAAUUCAGGAGCAAGUUGGUUUCAUAGUGAUGAAUUGGAAGAUAUGGAUGGUUCAGCGACUGUGAUACCAAGAAGAGAGAAUUUGAAUGUUAUUAAUGUCACGCAGUUCGAGAAGGACGCGAUACUUGUUUGUUACGACAAUGUAGUGAAGAUGGUGACUUUACAAGGGAAACCCCGCGUCAGCAAGAAGCAACUGUCGGAGCUGCAAUUUAAUUUUCAAAUCGAAUCUGUCAUUUGUCUACCAGAUAGUGUACUGGCAUUCCACAAACACGGUAUGCAAGGUAGAAGUUUCAAAAAUGGCGAAGUUACACAAGAAAUUAGCGAUCCAAGCAGGACUUACAGGCUACUUGGCUCAGAUAAGGUUGUCAUGUUGGAGAGCCAUCUGGUUCACAGCGGCACACUGACCGAAUCGGAAGGAGCAGAUUUGUACAUUCUCGCUGGACAUGAGGCCAGCUACUAAGUAUCGAUUUAAGUAGCUAACACACCGCGUUAUCGUUUCGCACGAUUUGUGAUUGGACCGCGCAUGUAACGUGAGACGACUACCGGGAGCGGCGAGAUCAAAGUCGCAGAGGUAAAGCACUUCGUCACAAUCAUUUAUAUCCUGCUGCACGCACGUAGUCGAAACUGCUCUAGCGUACCGCUGGUGUGCGGGCUUCAGUGCUGCAAUCAUUGCUGUCUCUCGACGUAGUCGAUAUCGCAUAGACUGGUUAUUCGCGGUAACUGUUUUCUUUUCCCUUUUUUACCGAGAGGCAUCCUAGAGCUAGCCAGUUCUUUCGAAGGAUACAAGUCGAAGAGCUGUAAUGAAGGCGAAAGAAAAAGAGAGAGUCUGUACGCGAAAUUGACCUUAUGCCUGAUAAAAUGAAGCCAAUAAUAGUCGCAACUGCUUCAGAAAAUACUAGUUUUGAAGCGGUUUACUCGUCAAUUUAACUAUAUAUAUAUAUAUAUAUAUAUAUAUAAACUACGCUUCCCUCUGGAGAUCACAUAUAAUUACAUAUAAUUACGGAAAGAUUUAGAAUGAGAUCGAAACCUCAAAAACUGAGUCCUCUUCGGAGAGCUGUAAAGCUGAUGAAAGUAUAGAGUGUUGUAAAAUAGUUUAUCGCACCGACGUGACGGAUAUAUAGCGAUUAUUAUACAAAAAUAUAUGAUAUUUUCUCGUCGAAUGAGUUUGUCCAUGUUUCACAACGAUAUGUAGCGAAUAGAUGCAAUAGGGAGAUCCCUGAGGUUUCGAACCUACUUUAAAUAUUUUUUAGUAAUGUAGAUUAUAUAUAGCUAAAUUGACCGACACACCGCUCCGAUGCGAGAGCACCGUUGCACCGCGCGUUUGAGUGCGCAACGAGGCACUCCGCGAUGCGCUCUUAUGAAUUUAACUCCGGUAAAUAUAUUAUCCUCUCUUUUUAGAGUUCUACAUCGUAACCGUGUAAUAGCUUUUAGCCUUCGAGAACCGUUUAAUCGUAAAUAGCGUUUAUUAGGGUAAGCAUUCACGUAUUUGUAUCCUUAAUGAUCACGAGAUUAUGAUAGACGAGACGAUAUUUAUAUUCUUACACCAAGUCGCAUAGUUUUCGAAGGUUAAAGCGCUAUAUAUCGCCCCGCCCGGGUGGAAUAUCCGGACGAAUAACGUUUUAACGGAAUAAGUACAUCCGCUCCUCGCAACAUGCGUAACGGGAUUCUCGCGGAACUCGUGUUACAUCAAUUGGAUUGACGAUACGUAAUGUACGUCUAUCUAUUCGACCUCUACCGAAUCGUAUUUGAAUUAUGUCUUCUUUUUUCUAAGGAAAAGCUUGCGAAUUUUCUCGUUCGAUUCCCAAACAAUCCUUCGUUUUUUACAAUAUAACUCAGAAACUAGCAGUCGAUCGAUCUACUCAUUGCAGAAAAGAUAAAUUUCAUGUUAAUGUACGAACAGAGUUGCCAGACGUCCAGAUUUUACCAUCGAUGUCCCCAGCUAAUGUUGAAAAUGUCCAUAUUAAAGGUAUUCCUUAUUCUAAAAAUAAGCAAAAAUGUUCCUAUUCAUCGAUAUAUUCUUUAAAAAAAAUAUAUUUUUUACAAACUACAUUUCCCGUCUUUCUUUCUCUCUCAAAAGUCCGUUAAAAUUUUUCAAUUUUCAAAUUCUGGCAACCUUACCUACAAACCCAUCGCUCAAAUCUGAUCCGGUAGAGGCACGGGACGGGGGGCCCGCGUUAUCCUCUUCCAAAAACGACCUAGGUUGUAAACGUAACGACAACGACGUAGAAGGAAAGUAGCAACUAAUCGAUGUAUAGAGCGCAGCACGUUGUGACAGCGUGUUUCUGAAUGGAGAAUUCCACGUAGAAGCAGGAUCUUCCGUAGGGACGAUGCACGAUAUAUCGUCGUGUUGAUGUGUGAAUAUAUAGCGUGUGCACAGUACAAAACGCGCUUGUACCAAUUGUUGUAUUCCCGAGAACAUAUUGUGCGUAAUGUGUGUCGAAAAAUCCACGCAUACUCGAGCUUCAUUUCGUUGGGCAUACGGGAUCUAUUGUUACGAAGGAGUUAUUUUUCGUAAGACAUUGUGUUUAUCAGUGUCUCUAAUUUCGGGAACGAUCGUGAAGACGAAGUGUAAAGUGUGAUGGGACGCGACGACGAUCAUCCAGCACCUGCAUGAUUAGUCGCAGCGCCUGCGUGAUUAGUCUCUGGGAGAUGUUAGUUUGCACACGUCGUUUCGCUCGCUGCAUGAAUGUAACACGAUACGAAGGAUAUCUGCGCGCGAUGAUAAUCAGGAGAACGUUCAUCCGAGACGUCUCACGUUCCUUCGUUCUGCAAACGCUGCGAAAUUCUCCGUAUAAUGCUUCUCUUCGAUCAGGAUAGUUCUCUCUGAUAAAGCACCAUUGUGAUAUUCGUGCUUGAGAAAGGCACUCGGAAGAAUAUUCCAAUUUUCCCCACAGGGAGGAACGAUUUGUAAAAUUGAAAAAAUGCAUUGUUUUAUACUUGUUCGUAUACUUAUGUUAUUUUUAUUUAUUGACUAACGUCAACAUCGGCCGAGUUUAAAUUGUCGGUAUUCUCGUAGAAAUUGUUUGAGCCUCAACGAAAUAAACGAUUCAUUUGCACGCAAUCCCCGUAUCGAGCACCACGAGAGUACAUUUGUCCGUAGAAAUUUUCUUUAUUUUAUGUAUAUAUAUAUAUAUAUAUAUAUAUAUAUCCAGUAGUGUUUUAUCAGUAUAAUAUAUCGCUAACGAAUAUAUUGUCAUUUAUCUGUGAGACGGCGAACGGAGUGACUUUCAUGUGAUUGGUCUUAAGACUGGGAGAAAUGCAUUUUCUCGUUUACAGUAGACUUUCUUGAUACUAUACCUCGAGGAGGAAGAGUGCUGGACUACGUAGAGCGUAGAUGCGAAGAAGGAAGUCCGCUUUUUGUUACACGGCUCGAUCUAGUAAAAAAUGCUUUUGCUUAUAUGCGAAUUUCAGGAUACUUUCAAAUAUCCGUUGCUGAUUCUUCUGAUCGAUUUAUCCAUCCGUCUGCAAGCCGAUAUUCGCCAGUUGAUAAUAAUAAUAUUCUGAACAUUCCUCUUAUCUGAAAUAUUUGACCAGUCUUAUUAUGAGCGACUCACUCUGAACGCACAAUUUGAUUAUUAAGGAGUGAAAAGUGUUAUAAAUAUUAUUUCGUCACGUUUAUACACUAUAGCACCGUUGUGUUCCCUUUGCGUUUUCUCGUGAGACCGAUGCUUGAAUCAGUAUCGUUUUUGCGAAAAUAACGCAUCGGAAGAUUCCGCGUCGCCUCGUUGGGUCAAGUAGCGGUUUCUGUCAUUGCACGUUCGGCUGCAAUAUCGGGAAGAGAUCGGAAUCUUUCGAUAAUCGGUCGUGAGAAUCGCUCGUGUUUCCUUAGCACCGGACAAAUAUCCCGUCUGCGUCUCGUGCGAAGCAUGAGAAAUAGCCGUAAGAACGUAGUCAGUAUCUGGCACUUUUCCACCUGUCGUCGACGUAUUGAGAUUUUGCGAGCCAAAGUCCUUUAGUUUGCAACAGUCGAGGGCGAGACGUAAGCUGAAUUGUGUAAGGAAUCGUCGGAGUAAAACGUAUAAUUAUCGGCGGAGUGUUGAACUAUUUUGAUAUUUUAUAUGGACUUUUUGCUGUGUGUAUAUAUAUAGAGAGAGUAGAGUUACUCGCGAAGAAAGUAUUAUAUUAGCGUGAAAUUUAAUAUACUAGCAGUUGCAAGUGCAAGAACCCGGUGGUCUUAUUGUUUCCGCUGAAUCGUAUAUAUUGUAACAAAAGAGAGAAAGAGGGAGAGAAAGAGAGAGAGCUGUCACGACAUCGAUAACGCAUGUAUAAUAUUAUAUCAUGUAUACUUGCGUCUUUUGAGUUUCCAACCGUCAUUCGAGCUUCUAGGAUUUGGCGUUUGCCUCGGAAGAGCCUCGAAUAUCCGAAGGAGUUCGCGAUGCGACAGUUCUCUCAAGCGCGUUUUGUCAGACGUUUGAUUCCGGCUGGCAGUUUGUCACAAACCGUUUGACGACUCAUUCGAGGCGGUGUCAAAUGUGACGGUAUGCGUGAGAAAGCGUGGAAUCUAACCGGUAAUACGAUCACGAUACUUAUCGUAAGCGUUGCGAUCCCGCAAUCAAACACCAAGUCGACCGUUUAAUCAAACGCUACGCUAAUUAGUAUUACAUAUUAUUUGCAUGCACUACGAUAUCGCCGGUAUGUGCAUUGACACGACGCCGUCUUGAAAACGGAGAUGAGUGAACACGUGCAAUGUCUUCCCCGUGUAUACUUACAGUAUAGCAUACUAUACGCGCUAUAGACGUGUUAAAUGUUCGCAAUACCGACAUUGCCGGAAACACGUUUCGCAAUAUUCGUAAUUCGAUCGCGUGAUUUCACAGUUUUGAUCAUCCGGCGGACCGCUUCCUCAACAUUGAGAGAACUAUUCGGCCGAAUUGUCUCAUACACUUCUGUAUAAAUCUUCUUUUCACAAUAAGUAAUUCGUCUAACUUACGCUACGUUCUCAUAUUUACCUUUAAGAAAGAGGGAAGGAGAGGGAGAGAGAGAGAGAGAGAGAGAGAGAGAGAGAGAGAGAGAGAGAGAGAGAGAGAUUGCGAUUUUCAGGAAGGACUAGCGAGAAUGAUCUUCAUUUUACGAGACCCGGUUUAACCGCUAAAUUACUCGAGAGUUGUUUUAACGUUAUUAUAGGUAAUUUAUGUCUAUACUAUUACGGAUAUCAAAUCGAUAAAAAAUACAGUUGUUUCGUUCGCGUGUAGAUGAUUAUUUGCGCGAGAUACCCGCCCCUUGCCGAGGACGUACACCUUCGCAAGAUAUUUUAAUAAUAACGAUAAAUAGUAACUGCAUUGUUACCUGAUGUGAAUUUUUGUAUUAUUGUAAAGACAAUAAUUUUAUUCGGAUCGUCGUAAAUCGCGAAGAGAAACAAACAUAGAUGUAUCGGCAUAAAGGUAUAUACAUUAUUGAAUCUUCGCAUCUAUAGAACGGAUAAAUUAGCGAAAAGCGUGGGGAAAAGAUAAGAGAUAUAAUUAGAAAAGAUUUUAAUGCAUCCUGUGACACACAGACCAAGGUUAGAAGAAACACGUGAGCUAGAAAAAGACACAGACACGUACAUACACACACGCACACACACGAUUUUAUGUAGACAAUCCACAUAUCCAAGUUCUACUCGUGACCACUUAGAAUGAAUUAGAAUUUUUAUUCUAUAAUUUUCAGAGGAAACGAAAACAUAGGAAAAAGUAUGAGUGUAAAACAUUGAUUUUAUAUAACAGUUGAUAAAUAACGCGGAUUUUUUCGCACUCUUAUCGAUUUUCUCGGAUUCAAAUCACUUAUUUUAGACGAAUGUCACGUACAGUGGAUCGAAAUUAAUUGUUCGUCCAAGCAGAAUAUAAGUUUGAAAAGCACCUCAUCCCAUGUGGGAAGGUGGCAUAUUUAAUCAGUCCAAAUUUAAAGUCGAAAAUUAUAAAAAUUUUCUUAUAUUUUUCAAUAUAUAUAUAUAUAUAAAGUUAUAUAUAUAUAUAUGUAUAUAAAACUUCGAUAUCUUCCACGAGCACAUUAAUUCCUUCGAACACAUUUUUUUCUCAAAUUUUCGUUUCAUGUUAAUUCCUCCGAAACCAGUUUUUCUUUUCAGGUCUUUUUCGUGUACCUUAACUAUUCGGAAUAACCGAUUGAUUUCAUUUGUGCAGGAUGUAUUUCCGUGCGAAUCGGCGAUUGCCGAUCCAUUAUACAUUGAACUGCUGCAUGCUACUUGCGGAACAUUGUACACCCAUAUUUGCGAUCUCCGAAGAAUCUUUUCGUGCAGACACAUACACGUGUAGCGCUAGGACAAUUAAUACAGCGAUGAAAUGUACCUGUACACAUCGACCAUACUAAUGGUUUACCUCUAUAUAUACGGAUGCUUAAGUUCCGAAUUUCAAUAUAUAUAUACGUGUUUCCACGAAAUUUCGAAAUCAACAAUUAAUAGCGAACGUGUAGGACAGUAACGGGUAUAUUUAUUCCUUAGCCUUCGGCCAUCCCUCGGAUCUAUCUAGAUUAAAUCAGAUUAUGUUGAAUUGUAACCUAUAUAAAGAACAUGUUUCAGUAUGUUCAACAGAUUUUUACCGUUACUCUCAGAGAUUCAGUUAUCGAGAUUUUUUUGCGAAAACAUCUGUUUUUUUUAUGCGAUACAAAUAAGAUCAGUAUUUUGAAAUGAAAGUUCAGUAUAAUCCUGACAUCUUCGGUAACAGUAUGUUUCAGUGAGAAACAUGCUUAAUUCGAUGGUCCAAGGGAUAAAAGAAGAUUAAGCACAUGCAUGUAUGGCUUACCAUUGUUUUCGAUCGAGAAAGAAUUUAAUGGCAAUUAAAAAAUAAGUCACGUGCAAUUACGUUUUGCAUGCGACGACACAGCAGAGAUAUACAAAUAUUUUGUGAGAGGCAAAUUCGUAAAUUACGUAAGAGAUGAAAAAGAGAAAUAUAUAUAUACACAUAAACGUAUAUAAACAAAUAUAUUUAAUAAAAUUCUUUGUGACGUAUUGUAAAUUCUCGAAGAGAUAUUCAAUUAAUCUAAUCGAAUGGAUUCCGAUAAUUUUAUUAAUUAUUAGCCGUGAUGAUGUUGAAGAUACGAAUUGCCGAUAUAUCAAUAGUUAUUAACCAAAGCCGUAGUGACAGAUAGAUAACAAUAUGAACGGAUGAAAUUAUUCUUACAAUUUGAAAUUAAGGGCAAGAAGAAGAAAGAGAAAUCGAACGAAAGAUAAAAAGAGAAAGAGAGAGAGAGAGAGAGAUAAUGUGUUACAUGGUACAGAAAUUUUAGGAAUAAGGAGCUUCUACUGUAUAAAAAUUCUCAAUAAGUGUUACUCUGUUACAUUAACGAUCAUAUAUAAUUAUUUAUUUUCAAGAGUAUAGUAUGUAGCGCUUUUCUGGAAAUUUACUGAGAUAAGCUGAGAUUGUACGACAAAAAAGAAAGAGAUAAUUCUUGUAUAGGUAUGUAACGUAUGUAUAGGUAUGGAAGAAGUGGACGUUAAUUUAUUCUUUAUAGUCGCGGGCUACGUAUUAAUAACGGAAGAGGCGUAUAUAGUGGGUUUUCUCUUAUAAAUAUUAAUUGGGAUAAAUAUAUAACAGAGAGCCGACUAAGUCUGUAAUAUUACGCGAGAGUUGUAUAUAAUGUGUAUAACGUAUUAUAUAUAUAAAUAUUAUAUAUACAUAUGUUACUUUUGCGUUCGCCGAGCCCCUUCGUUUUAGUCAUUUUUAUAUAAAUACAGUAUUAUCAAGAUAAUUUAUAAUUAUGAACGUAUCUCUGAUUUACCUGUAUCUAAAAAAAAAAAAAAA